CAAAGCAGGGGAAGGAAUACACGUAUCCUUAUAUCCAAACAACAUCUCAUCCCCCUUCGAGACUUCUUCCUUCUUCCUUCUUCUUCGUCGCCGAUCUCAAACACCGUCUUUUCUCAGCAGCAAACCCUUCAACCAUGGAUUACGACUUCAGGAACAAGUCAGGUCCCCCCUACGGCCGCCCUAUGUACCCAUCUCCUUCUCCAUCAUCGACCCACCCUAUGUACAACGGACCUCCGGGAUACCCUAAGAUCGGUGGCCAGCCGUUUUUCCCUCCGCCGGAGAGAAACCCCUCGUUUCAACAUAACCCAUCUCCUUCUUCUUCAUCUGGAUUAGGAAUCAAGGUGGUUCUGAAGCCUGAGUAUCGGAUCACUCCUCCGCCUCCGCUGUUGCCUCGAGCUGGAGAUAUUCCUCGGAGCAGCUUUCAGUUUGAUUUCGGUUUAGAAAGGAAGGUUCUUGCGGAGGCAGAGAAGGAGAAUCCGGAUUGGAGCAAGUUUGGGUCUGAGCAUCCUCCUCCACCGUCUAGCUUUCCACCAACACCGUCACCUUCAAUGGGUGUGGAUCCUGUAGUGAUGAAAUAUGCUGGGCUCAACCGAGAAGCUGUCAACAUCGCAGUUGCAAACUAUGGUGAUAAUCCCACAAAGGUACAAGAAUUUGCAAAUGGGUUCACGGCGUUAAGGGAAAUGGGGUUCCCUACGAACGCUGUUUCAGAUGCUCUCUUCAUGUUUGAGAAUGAUACUGAGAAAGCAUUGUCACAUUUGCUCCAUGGUUCUUCUUGAACUUGCUUUUCAAAUAUCCUCCUUCUAUAGUGUGUAUAAGUAAAACAUCAAAUUUGAUAACAUUAAAAGAUUGACAAAAGUAUAGACACUUUUUUUUUUU